AUGACCACGACACCACCCCUCGCGACGGGUGCCAACCCUCCGAUUCCCGCCGAACAGCUCGCCGCACUUACAUCGCUGCUGUCGGGUCUCACCGCUGCCGCUUCCGGCACUGCCACACCCGCCACGACGUCCGGCACCACUCGCACUGCCUUUCCAAAGCACGCACGCUUGGAUGGUGCGAAGACCUUCGCGAACUGGACACGCCAACUUCGCCUGUGCCUAGCGGACGACAUCCGCUCGUACGUCCUCGACGGUAUCGCACCCGACGACUGGACACCUUCGCAACGCUCCGCUCGCGACGCCGUCGCUCGUGAGGUCCUUGCGAAUUCGAUUGACUCGGCCGAAGUCUCGGCAGUCCUCGACAAAAUCCCUACCGCCGACCUGACAGCGCCGACAAUCUACUCGACGCUGAAAUCGCGGUACGCCCCUGACGACGCCACCCGCACGCUCGAGCUCUUCUCACGACUCUGGGGUUUCCGUCCCAUGCCCGGCACGGUUGCCGAAUUCGACGGGUGGAUCAUGGACUUCAAAGCCGUUGCGCAAGAGAUCAUCGACACAAAGACAACUAUCAAUGAUGUUCUCGCCACACUCCUCCUUGCAAUCGCCCACCCGUCCCUCGAGAGCUUCAAGGCGUCGUUCACCGAUGAACAGCGCACGCAACGAACUCUCCCCGACAUUGAUUCGCUUGCCGACCGUAUGCGAGUCCAACUUCGGUCAACGAACAUCCCCAGCACUCAAUCGGCCCUUCUUGCCUCGUCGUCGUCACGUUCUACUCGUCUCAAGUGUCUCGCCUGUCGCAGCCCUUCGCACCGAGUCGCGGAGUGCCCUACGAGGGCGCAACACCCGCCGCCAGGACCCUGUCGCUCCUGCAAGAAGAAGGAUCACUGGUCUCUCGACUGCAAGAAGGCGCUCGAGGACGGCAAAAAGCCCGACACCGCUGACUCGACCGUCGACUCGCAACACCAUGUCGGAUGUCUCGCCACCGGUCUUCUCGCUCGUCGUCGCCAGCUUCGCAACCACUCUUUUGUCGUCGACUCGGGCGCCACUUCGCACAUGGUCUCGGACAAGUCGCUGUUCACGACCUAUCGCCAUAUCGCUCCUACGAAGAUUGGUGGUAUUGCAGGGGGCAUCAACGCCAUCGGAACGGGAAACAUCGCCUUCAUUGCCGCCUCGGGUCAUCCGAUCACGCUUACCGGCGUGCUGCACACUCCGGGCCUGUUUGUCAAUCUUCUCUCGGUCUCUCGACUUUGCGACACCGACGAUGUCCGUGUCGCCUUCACAAAACACGGCAUCCACAUUGACAAGGACGGCAACGACAUCGCUGAAGGCGCACGACUCGACGAAGGGCUCUACUUGCUGGACGCUGAUCAUUCCAAAUGUCAGCACCUUGCUCUCCUUUCUCGCUCACAGUCGUCCGUGCCCCUGCUGACUCUCCAUCGCUGCCUCGGCCAUCUCGCACCGUCCUCCAUACAGAAGAUGGUUGCCGCUGGUUUGCUGGAGGGUCUCAGGGCCGGAUAUAGUGACGAAGAGGUAGAGAAGUUUGUCUGCAAUGCUUGCCUCAGCGCAAAGGGCCAUCGUCUUCCCUUUCCCGAUUCGGAUUCGCACUCCUCAGAGAGACUCGGCCUUGUACACAGCGAUGUGCUUUCCUUCCCCGAGCGGUCCUUGACUGGCAAACGUUACCUGGUCACAUUCCUUGACGAUUACUCGCGCAAACUCUGGGCCUACGCAAUCGGACACAAAAGCGAAGUCUUCGGCAUAUUCAAAACUUGGCUAGCCGAGGUUGAACUCGAGACGGGUGCGACGCUGAAGGUCCUCCGAACCGACAACGGUGGCGAAUACUGUUCGAGAGCGUUCACAGAGUUCUGCAAGACACGAGGCACCCGUCGACAAUACUCUAUCCCACGCACGCCUCAACAGAACGGUCGUGCAGAGCGGGUCAAUCGUUCCAUUGUCGAAGGCGUCCUUGCCCUCCUUGUCGACGCCCACCUACCCAAGACAUUCUGGGAGGAGGCUGCAGCUUAUUUCGUUUACUGCAAGAACCUGUGUCAACACGCGGCCCUGGACAAGGCAACACCAAACUCCGUCUGGCAGGGUGACCACACCACUGCCUCGGCGCUUCACCCGUUCGGCUGUACAGCUUGGCUUACGGUCGCGCCCGAACUUCGCUCCAAACUCGACCCGAAGGCGGUUCGCGUUUUUUUCACCGGCUACGACCUGGCUUCAAAAGCCUUUCGCUUCUACGACACUACAACACAGAAGAUUAUACUUGGCAGAAAUGCCACGUUCCUCGACACUGAAUUCCCCGGAUUACAUGGCGACCCCACUGAGCAAGACGGCGACACGCACUUCGCCAGCGCUCCCACCACCGAAUCUCAAACCGUUGUCAAGACAUGGACCCCACUAGUAAGGUCGGCGCACAUGGACGUCUCAUCCCCCCUUGAUGAUUCUGCCAUGAGCGCCGUUGACGUGGCCCCAGGGUACACUGGCGGAACCUUACUUAACUUCACAGAUGCCGAAUCGUCCUCGUCACCGUCGCCUGCGUCGCCCUCAUCACCGUCGUCUGCGCCAUCGCCUGCACUUUCACCAUCGUCGGCUGCGUCAUCGUCACCCUCGGCCUUACCGACCGACUCUGAAGACUCCGCCGAUCCCCUCGACCUCCUCGGCUCACAGCCCCAGGUUCGCCUCGAUCUACAGGACGUGCACCACCCAGACUUCAGCACGUACCGCGAGCCCGCAUCGGCUGAGGAGUCGCCCGACGAACUCGACCUCAUUGGGCGCCACUCUCGCGACGAAUCUCCGGACGAAAUCGAUUUCCUCACCCGACACCACCGCGCCUUCAUCGCCAUCGACGACGACACCUCUGACACAGAGGCAGUUCAGCCAGUCAAGUCCAUCACGAGCGACCCACAGACCUGGCGCGAGGCGAUGUCUAGCGACAAGCGUGAAGUAUGGGCCAAAGCCGCCACCGACGAGUUCACCUCCAUGCGCGACGACUUCAAGGUCUUCACCAUCGAGGACCGAGCCACGGUGCCCGCGGGUGCGACUAUCGUUACAUCCAAGUUCGUCUGGAAAACGAAACGGAACGCACUCGGCGAAGUCACUGGACACAAGGCAAGGCUGGUCGCGCAAGGCAAUCGGCAACGCGACGGCAUCGACUUCAACGAAACGUUCGCACCGGUCGCACGCUUCUCCUCGAUACGCUCACUCCUCGCGCUGGCGGCCGCCAACGGCUUGCACGUGCACCAGGCGGACAUCGACAAAGCAUAUCUGCAUGGCGACCUUGACCACGACAUCUGGAUGACGGCACCGCGCGGCUUCGACCUUCCCAGCGACAAGGUGCUUCGCCUGCGACGCUCCAUCUACGGGCUCAAACAGGCUGGCCGAAUCUGGAAUCGACACAUCGACGCUUCGCUUCGGGCCCUCGGUUAUAUGAGAUGA